AUGCUACAACCUCGAGUCCGGUGUUUUGGUGCUCUGAGGGCGCUGCGCAACAAGACUCCGCGUGCAUCGCAGGUGAAAAAUCCAGCAGAGCCGCCCAGCGACGCCGAAGAGAGCCCGCUUUCGCCUGCGGAGCUCGAGGCAAUCAACAAUAUACAGUCGUCGCUCUACCAGCCCAGCGAUCCGUUUCUCGAGCCGUCCAAGGCCGACCUGAUCCAGCAGAAAAUCGACGCCAUCUCGCAGAAACUGGAGCGACAGAAACAGCUCGAGCAGGCCAAGUACCAGAAGCUCAUAGAGGAGCAGGAGCAGGCCCUGCGUCCCACGUUGGGUGACUACAAGCGGCCCAUCACCUCGUUCCUGCUUCUGGGGUCUGGGGUGUAUCUUCUGCUGCAGUACGCGUGGACGUGUCUGGAAGGAGAAGAGCACAUCAUCGCCAUGGAGCAGAGGACACGGGAAUACGAAAAAGAGAUCCAGACACUGCUGGAUCAGCAGGUCGCAAAGAAAAAAUGGUUUUGGAGCUAG